CGCGCGCGUGCGCGGCGCGGGCUGGGGAGGACGGUGCGUCACUUCCUGUUGCUUUAGGGGAACGUGGCUUUCCCCGCAGCGCCCGUUUUUCCAUCUGCGUCCCUACUGCAGCGGCCUGAGGUGGAGUCGGAUCCCGAGCGCAGCUUCGCCAUGGAGUCGGCCCUCAGCGACCCGCACAACGGCAGCGCCGGGGCACGCAGCCCGCCCAACGGCACGACGCGGCCGCCCUCCACGCCCGAGGGCAUCGCGCUGGCCUACGGCAGCCUCCUGCUCAUGGCGCUGCUGCCCAUCUUCUUCGGCGCCCUGCGCUCGGUGCGCUGCGCCCGCGGCAAGAAUGCUUCGGACAUGCCCGAAACAAUCACCAGCCGGGAUGCUGCCCGCUUCCCCAUCAUUGCCAGCUGCACGCUCUUGGGGCUGUACCUCUUUUUCAAAAUAUUCUCCCAGGAGUACAUCAACCUCUUGCUGUCCAUGUAUUUCUUCGUGCUGGGAAUCCUGGCCCUCUCCCACACCAUCAGCCCCUUCAUGAGUAAGUUUUUUCCAGCCAGCUUUCCAAAUCGGCAGUACCAGCUGCUCUUCACCCAGGGCUCUGGGGAGAGCAAGGAAGAGAUCAUCAAUUACGAGUUUGACACCAAGGACCUGGUGUGCCUGGGCUUGAGCACCAUCGUUGGUGUCUGGUACCUGCUGAGGAAGCACUGGAUUGCCAACAACCUUUUUGGCCUGGCCUUCUCACUUAACGGGGUAGAGCUCCUGCACCUGAACAAUGUCAGCACUGGCUGCAUCCUGCUGGGUGGACUCUUCAUCUAUGAUGUCUUCUGGGUAUUUGGCACCAAUGUGAUGGUGACAGUGGCCAAGUCCUUUGAGGCACCAAUAAAAUUGGUGUUUCCCCAGGAUCUGCUGGAGAAGGGCCUUGAAGCAGACAACUUUGCCAUGCUGGGACUCGGGGAUAUCGUCAUUCCAGGGAUCUUCAUUGCCUUGCUGCUGCGUUUUGACAUCAGCUUGAAGAAGAAUACCCACACCUACUUCUACACCAGCUUUGCAGCCUACAUCUUCGGCCUGGGCCUUACCAUCUUCAUCAUGCAUAUCUUCAAGCAUGCCCAGCCUGCCCUCCUGUACCUGGUCCCUGCCUGCGUCGGUUUUCCCGUCCUGGUGGCGCUGGCCAAGGGAGAAGUGACAGAGAUGUUCAGCUACGAGUCCUCGGCGGAAAUCCUGCCUCAUACCCCGAGGCUCACCCACUUCCCCACAGUCUCGGGCUCCCCCGCCAGCCUGGCCGACUCCAUGCAGCAGAAGCUAGCCGGCCCUCGCCGCCGGCGCCCGCUGAAUCCCAGCACCAUGUAAUGCCCGGCGGGUGCCCACCUGCCCGCUCCCCCUUCUGCCCUGGGCCCAAGGUAGGGCAGACACCGCAGCUCCGUGCGCAGGGCAGGGAGCACUGCCAGGGCAGGCACGGGAGGCAGCUCCUGCACAGCCACCAGCAUGCCUGCCCCCAGCCACGGGGCCGGGGAGCUGGGCACCCCAGAGGCCCAGUGCCCUCACCAAUAAGGUGGGGCUCACAGGAGCGCGCAGAUGUAAACGGCCCUUGUCCUACCGUAGUAGACCCUGUUACUAUUCACUGCAUAUAUGUGUAUGUGUGUGUAUAUAUAUAACCUUGGGCAAGUCACUUUC